ACGUAACUAAUACGUUCGUGAAUAAGUAAAACUGACGAGGGAAGGUAAACCAUGUGAAUACUCUCUCUCUCUCUCUCUCUCUCUCUCUCUCUCGUCUGCGGACUUUUCUAUAGGUCUGAAUUUUCCACAUUGCUAGUUGCUAACCACUAUCUACGGCAUUCUAAUUCUUGGAGUUUUGAGCGGAUUCGCCCCUGUAUAGUGCUUCUCCUCGAUCUUCCUUCCGUGAAGAGAAUUUCUCUUCCAUAAAGGAUACCAGGAGAUUGUUUCUUGAUUUGGUACCCGAAACUUUGUGAAAAAGGCGGGGGUAUUCAGAAGCGUUUUUGGAGGAUUCGAAGUUAAAAGCACUUGCCCAUACGAACAGAGGACUAGCUGGUUUGGAAUGAUAUGGCUUGGGCCUCUCCAAAAGGCUCUCCUAUAAUGACUGCAUAUCCGAGGACAGUUUCAUUCAUUGCAGUUUCAGUAGCAGGAUUGGCAUUCUUCUUAAUGUUUGCUUCCUGGAUGCUAGUCUCAUUCCCAAUUGGUUCCACAGUUCGGGGGUAUUUCUAUGGUGUUGAUACCUCAGAGAAGAUGGAUCUGUUGUUCUCUCCAGGCAAUCAGACUAACACUAAUCCACGUGUUGAUAACAAUGAGGUUAUAGCUGUUAAGGACGUACUGGCCGAGUCUGACUUACAAGUGUCUAUGAGCUCAACUGUUCCUCUGAGAGAUGCAAUGGAUUUGUCCCCUGAGACCAAUCCACAAGUGCUCGUGAGUACAAGUGAUGCAUCAGUUGAUACGAAAACCACGGAGACAAAGCAUGUUGAAUCAACUGUUCCAGUAUUGUCCAAUUCACAACAGUCUGUGAGAUCAAAUGGUCCCUUGGUGGAAAACAAUACAAAAGUGGUUCAUAAGAAUUUGCCCCCCGAGUCUAAUUCACAUAUGCCCAUGAGUUCACCUGGUUCUACAGUUGCUUUGGAGAACAAGGAGGUGAAAGAUUUAAUGGCACCUCUUCCUGCAUCUUCUGUUUCAAGAAAAGAGGAGGAUGCCAAGCCUAGUUCCGAGACAACGAAUGUUGUGCUGAAAGAGCCUAUUUCUCCAAGUUUGCUGAAUAAGUUUGAUUCUACAGAUAUGGGAUCAAAUGAUUCUACAACUUCUUCUGAUUCCAAAUCGGGGGCCGUGCCAAGUUUAUCUAGUCUGCCCAGCGAGGCUACUGAGAAUGCGUCAGUAGAUUCAGGCUGUGAUCUGUACCGUGGAAGUUGGUUUUAUGAUACAUCAGGGCCAUUAUACACAAACAAUACAUGCCCUGUAUUGACGCAGAUGCAGAAUUGCCAGGGGAAUGGGAGGCCUGACAAGGACUACGAGAAUUGGCGAUGGAAGCCUUCUCACUGUGACCUUCCCCGACUCGAUGCAAAGAAAUUUUUAGAGUUAAUGAGAGGGAAGACCCUAGCUUUCAUUGGUGACUCAGUUGCUCGAAACCAGAUGGAAUCAAUGCUGUGCAUUCUCUGGCAGGUAGAAGUUCCUAAAAACCGAGGGAACCGCAAAAUGCAACGGUAUUUUUUCAAGUCAACAUCUGUAACGAUUGUUCGGAUAUGGUCCUCAUGGCUUGUGAAGCAAACAUCUGCACCAUUUGAUUUUGCUCCAGAGGGAGUGACCAAGCUCUUUCUUGAUGCCCCUGAUGAUAAUCUCAUGGAAUUUAUCCCAAAGUUUGACGUGGUUGUUCUAUCUUCUGGCCAUUGGUUUGCCAAGCAGUCAGUUUAUGUCUUGAAUAAUGAGAUUGUGGGAGGACAGUUGUGGUGGCCUGACAAGUCUCGGCCUAUGAAGGUUAAUAAUGUAGAAGCAUUUGGGACAUCUGUUGAGACAAUUCUUACUUCUCUUGUUACACAUCCAAAUUAUACAGGGAUUACAAUUGUUCGUUCCUUUUCCCCUGAUCAUUACGAGGGUGGGGCCUGGAAUACAGGUGGAUCAUGCACUGGAAAGACAAGGCCACUUGCAAUUGGUGAGUUGGUAGAGAAUGGAUUCACAGAAACAAUGCAUAAAAAACAGGUCGCCGGUUUCAAUGGUGCAAUUAAGAAGGCAACAAACAAAUCAAAGUUGAGGUUGAUGGAUAUCACCGAAGCCUUUGGGUACCGCCAUGAUGGACAUCCAGGACCAUAUCGAAGCCCUGAUCCAAACAAGAUCACAAAACGUGGCCCGGAUGGCAAGCCACCGCCACAGGAUUGCUUGCACUGGUGCAUGCCAGGCCCAGUUGAUACCUGGAAUGAACUUGUGUUUGAAAUAAUAAGGAGAGAUUAUGAAAGCAGCAAGAGCUUUCCAUCAUGAGAUUCUAUUUUUGAAUUUAUUUAUGGCCAAGCGGAGCUGGCAUUGGUGUGUUUAUGUAAUUAUAACGGCAUCCAGUAGGAUUAAUUUAUACUCGGGAGGUGGAAAAUUUUGUCUUUAUGUUCUUUCAUUUUUGAAAAUUCAUCAUAGAGAAGUGAUUGUUGUUACAGAUGGGGAGGACGAGCGACUGGUUUAUUUAAUAGUUCUUCCUCCUUUACCCUAACUCUGGCAAUACUCCUAGAGAAACAGACUACGGUUUUACUUCUUGUAAUAUGUUUCCAUACAUAAAUUCAGAGCUGUUCCUAUGCUUCAGUUA